GUGUAAAGCAGCAAGCUGAACCGUCCGCAUAACUUUCUGAACAGUUUUAUCUCCAGUUUUUAUCUUCUAGUUCUGACUUCCAGCAAAAUGUCAGGGGACUCUCUGGGCUCCUUUGUGGUAUCAGACUAUGUCGUGUUUGCUGUCGUGCUGGUGGUGUCCGCUGCUGUCGGGGUCUACUACGCCUGGGUCGGCAGGCGCCAAGAAAACUCCAGGGAUUUCUUAACUGGGGCUCGCAAAAUGACAGCCCUGCCUGUCUCCAUGUCCCUGACCGCCAGCUUCAUGUCAUCCACCACACUCCUGGCCAACCCAGCUGAGGUGUACCGCUAUGGAGCCAUCUUAGCAUAUGUUUGGCUCGCCUAUGCACUGACGAUGGUGGUCACAUCUGAGGUCUAUCUCCCAGUCUUCUACAGGCUGUCUCUCACCAGCACUUGUGAGUAUCUUGAGCUACGUUUCAGCAGAGCAGCCCGUCUGCUGGGAACUGCGCUCUUCAUGGUUCAGACAAUCCUCUACACUGGAAUAGUCAUUUAUGGCCCAGCGCUGGCCUUAAACCAAGUUACUGGUGUGAAUCUGUGGGGUGGGAUCAUUUCAACAGGCAUCGUCUGUACGUUCUACUGCACAUUGGGUGGACUGAGGGCGGUGGUGUGGACCGAUGUUUUUCAGCUUGGAAUAAUGCUCGCAGGUUACCUGUCUGUUAUAAUCAAGUCUGUGAUCUUCCAAGGAGGAUUCCUCACCAUCAUUUCAGAUUCACAGCAAGGAGGGAGACUCAACUUUUUGGAAUUUGACCCAAACCCUCUGAGGAGACACACAUUUUGGACUCUAGUUACUGGAGGGACAUUUGGCUGGAUCGCAGUCUAUGGGAUCAGCCAAUCCCAGGUUCAGAGAUACGUGUCCUGCAAGAGCAUCACUCAAGCCAGAGUAGCCCUAUACAUCAACCUGUUAGGUCUGUGUUCCUUCCUGGCGUGCUCAGUGUGUGCAGGAAUGUGCCUCUACUCCGUCUAUAAGAACUGUGACCCAUGGACCGCUGGGUCUGUCUCUUCACCUGAUCAGCUGAUGCCGUAUUUGGUGAUGGACAUCUUGACAGACUCUCCUGGCCUUCCAGGACUAUUUUUUGCAGCAGUAUAUAGCGGCUCUCUAAGCACAGUGUCUACCAGUAUCAAUGCUCUGGCAGCAGUGACAGUGGAGAACCUGAUCAAGCCGUACACUAACAUGUCUGAGAAACACCUGACCUGGGCGUCCAAAGGAACGAGUUGCUUGUAUGGAGUCGUGUGCAUUGCCAUGGCUGGACUUGCGUCACUCAUGGGAGGGAUGAUGCAGGCAACUGUCAUCAUCAGUGGGGUUGUUGGAGGUCCUUUACUUGGCCUGUUCACAUUGGGUAUCCUCUGUCCAUUUGCUAAUUCCAAGGGAAGUUUGUCAGGUCUGCUGACAGGGUUGGUUGUGGCCUUGGCUAUUUGCCUCGGAGCCCUGAUAUCCCCUCCGCCUCCUGAAAUGGCCCGACCUCUGCCGCUGACCACUGAGGGCUGUAACUUCACCACUACAGACAACUUCAACUGGACCUCCACUGCUCUGUCAACAGAACCGAGCACCACCACCACAGAUCCAGGACAGACCACUGAUGGCAUACAUCUGUUGUCUGAGGGCUGGCACUCUCCUUCCUAUCUUUACUUCAGUCUCAUUGGAACUGUAACAACUAUCAUUGUGGGAUUGAUAGUCAGCCUCUGUACAGGAGGCCGGAGGGAGAGGGUGGAAUCGAAGCUUAUGCUAAUGAAAGAAGAUACAACUCUCUAUCACAUAUUCCUGUUUCUCACAAACAAAGUCAUGACACGAACAGAAAAGCUCGACCUGACAAAGAGCGGAGAGAAGAAAUUUGGCAAGACAAAUCCUGCUUUCUGUGACACUGAGUUGGACUUAACAAAAUGCAGCAUUCCCACGUGAAAUGCAACCAAUUUUCUAGAUUCAUUUUUUUUUUACAUGUUCUUAAUACUAAGGAAGAACCAUAUUCAUUUUAUAGUCUAAUGAAAGAAAAAAAUGUUGAUUUUCUGUAUUUAAUACACAUUAUUAAUUGGGGUAGAGAGUACAUUCUAUAUAAUUAAUAUCUCCUUCACAGUUUGCA